CAAACUGUUGUCUGCUUCCUGACCCAAAACUGAUUAUUUUUGUUACGCUAAUCAGCGUUUAGAAUACAUUUUAGUUGUCUUUAUAUACAUGCCACAGUAAAAACAAGGAGAAUGGGAACGCAAGUGAAGGAUGCAACAAUUCCUGAUAAUGCCCCUAAAACCCUGCUGCUCCAGAAACAUGCUGACUAUAUUGCUGCCUAUGGAGCAAAGAAAGAUGACUAUGAGUACUGUAUGACUGAGUUCCUACGGAUGUCUGGAAUGUACUGGGGGUUGACAGCCAUGGAUCUCAUUGGUCAGCUGGACCGUAUGGCAAAGGAUGAGGUUAUACAGUUUGUUCAACAAUGUCAGCAUGAGUGUGGGGGGUUUGGAGCCAGCCAAGGUCAUGACCCACACCUUCUGUAUACACUCAGUGCCAUACAGAUAGUGACGCUGUAUGACUGCCAGGACCAGAUUAACACUGAUGCUGUUGUGGAUUUUGUACAGGGACUUCAACAAGAGGAUGGUAGUUUCUAUGGCGAUAAAUGGGGAGAGGUUGACACACGGUUCUCAUUCUGUGCAAUUGCCUGUCUCACCCUGUUGAACCGCCUGGACGCUAUAGACGUGGACAAGGCAGUGGAGUUUGUCCUAUCCUGUAUGAACUUUGAUGGCGGGUUCGGGUGCAGACCCGGCUCUGAGUCUCACUCUGGCCAGAUCUACUGUUGUGUAGGAUUGCUGGCCCUACUGGGAAGGCUCCAUCAUGUCAAUGCCGACAUGCUGGGAUGGUGGCUGUGUGAGAGACAACUUCCAUCUGGAGGGCUAAAUGGUCGGCCAGAGAAGCUGCCGGAUGUGUGUUAUUCCUGGUGGGUAUUGUCUUCACUCAAGAUCAUCGGCAAACUACACUGGAUCAACAAGGAGAAGCUGGAUCAGUUUAUACUGGCAUGCCAGGAUGAGGAGACUGGAGGGUUUGCUGACCGUCCUGGGGAUAUGGUUGAUCCAUUCCAUACCUUGUUUGGGCUUGCUGGGCUCUCCUUGCUGGGCAAUGACUCUAUCAAGCCCGUAAACCCGGUGUUCUGUAUGCCCGAGGAUGUAAUACGCAGGACAGGCGUCAAGAUGGAACUCUUGUGAUUGUGAUAAUUGUGUAUAUAAUACUCUAUACUGUGACAUACAAAGUAACAUUGAAGUUAAGGAAAGUGGUUGGUUUACCAACCUGUGAGUAAUGACACAUAACAAAGUGAGACCACCAUCCAGGAAAUAAUCUUUGGCAUACUUUUUAUGCUUGGAACUGUGAUUUGCAUCCGGUUGACUGAAUGAAUUUUGUUUUUGAAAUUGGUUGGGCAUUUUAGCUCAUCAAAAUUCUAUUCCGGACCUGAAUGAAUUUGAGUUUGGUUUAUGUUUACCAAGCCAAACAAGUGGAUUCCUUGGCAUAUUUGUCUUAGGGACCCAUAAUAGUUGUAAAUAUAUCCCCUCUUUUACUGUUGUUAUCAGUUGUUGUUUUUUUAUCAUAUUUAUUAUUUUUCAUCCAAAUUUUGUCCAGAAUAGAACUCAAAAUGGGAAUAAAUUGAUUAAAUCAUGGGAAAGAUGGCUGGUAGAAAUGGGCACAGAAUGAUAAUUGUAACUCUUGAGCAUUAAUUUCCACAAUAAUAUCUACACUUGUAUUUUUUUAAAGGGUAGAUAUCAUUUUUGAUUGAAAACAAUGGAUUCUCUUAUAUUUUUUUUAAAUAUGCUAUUUAUAAAACACGAAUAAAGUGCAAUAUGUUAGAAUGAGUUGAAUUGUUGUUUAUUAUUUUCAACACGUUUAACUUUGCCAUAUAACUCAAAAACCCUAUGUAAGUUCUUUAAUUUUGAAGAACAGGAAGUAUAUCUCAUACACCAGUGUGUAUAUACCAUGUGAUAAAUUG